GGGGGCGGCGGCGGCGGCCGGGAGUGCCGGGAGCCCUUUCCACGUUUGCACAAGCCGCGCGCGCAGGCCGAGGGUGCCGCCGGUCCGCGCCCUCCGCCGCGAUGGACACGGGAGCCUGGGGCUGGCGCUCGCCGCCGCCGCUGCUCCUGCUGCUGCUCUGGGUGACCGGCCAGGCGGCGCCCGUGGCGGGGCUGGCCCUCGACCCCGAGCUGAAGAUCGAGCGGCGCUUCGUGCCCGACGAGUGCCCGCGCAGCGUGCGCAGCGGCGACUUCGUGCGCUACCACUACGUGGGCACCUUCCCCGACGGGCAGAAGUUCGACUCCAGCUAUGACAGAGACUCCACUUUCAAUGUAUUUGUGGGAAAAGGCCAGCUGAUCGCUGGGAUGGACCAAGCCCUGGUGGGGAUGUGUGUGAACGAGAGACGGUUUGUGACCAUCCCACCGAAGCUUGCCUACGGAAGUGACGGUGUCUCUGGCGUGAUCCCCCCGAAUUCAGUGCUGCAUUUUGACGUCCUUCUGAUGGAUAUUUGGAACGCUGAAGACCAAGUCCAGGUUCACACGUACUUCAAGCCUCCCAGCUGCCCUCGGAGCAUCCAGGUGUCGGAUUUUGUCCGGUACCACUACAAUGGCACCUUCUUGGAUGGAACUCUGUUUGACUCAAGCCACAAUCGCAUGAAAACAUAUGACACCUACGUGGGAAUCGGCUGGCUGAUCCCCGGCAUGGAUAAAGGGCUGCUGGGCAUGUGUGUGGGAGAGAAGCGCCUCAUCACUAUCCCUCCGUUCCUGGCCUACGGCGAAGACGGGGAUGGGAAAGACAUUCCUGGGCAGGCCUCGCUGGUGUUCGAUGUGGCCUUGCUGGACCUGCACAACCCCAAGGAUGGCAUCUCUGUUGAGAAUAAGGUGGUACCCGGGGACUGUGAGCGGCGCAGUCAGACCGGGGACUUUCUCAGGUACCAUUACAACGGGACACUCCUGGAUGGCACCUUCUUUGACUCCAGCUACUCCCGGAACCGCACCUAUGACACCUACAUCGGGCAGGGCUAUGUGAUUGCUGGCAUGGAUGAAGGCUUGCUCGGGGUUUGCAUUGGAGAGAAGCGCAGGAUCGUGGUGCCCCCGCACCUGGGCUACGGGGAGGAAGGCAGAGGGAACAUCCCUGGCUCAGCGGUACUGGUGUUUGACGUCCACGUGAUUGACUUCCACAACCCGUCUGACUCCAUCAGCAUUACCUCCCGCUACAAGCCCCCCGACUGCUCAGUGCUGACUAAGAAGGGGGAUUUCCUCAAGUACCACUACAAUGCCUCGCUACUGGACGGGACUCUGCUGGAUUCCACGUGGAAUCUAGGCAAAACCUACAACAUCGUGCUGGGGUCCGGGCAGGUGGUCCUGGGGAUGGACAUGGGUCUCCGAGAGAUGUGUGUUGGCGAGAAGCGGACGGUGAUCAUCCCCCCGCACCUUGGCUAUGGGGAGGCUGGCGUGGAGGGCGAGGUCCCCGGCAGUGCCGUGCUGGUGUUUGACAUCGAGCUGCUGGAGCUGGUGGCAGGCCUGCCUGAGGGCUACAUGUUUGUAUGGAACGACGAGGUGUCCCCCAACCUCUUUGAAGAGAUCGACAAGGAUGGCGAUGGACAGGUUCUUCUGGAAGAGUUCUCCGAGUAUAUCCAUGCCCAGGUAGCAAGUGGCAAGGGCAAGCUCGCGCCUGGUUUUGAUGCUGAGAUGAUUGUGAAGAACAUGUUCACCAACCAAGACCGGAACGGAGAUGGGAAGGUCACGGCUGCGGAAUUCAAACUCAAGGACCAGGAGGCCAAGCAUGAUGAACUCUGACCCCGACACCAGCCACUUGUGUGAUACCUGCCCCUGUCCCAGCAGAGUGGGCACGGGGGUGGGGAGCAGGGCUCCAGGAGGUCCACACAGAUGGUCAUGUGUGUCUGGAGCCCAAACUCGGGUCCAUUGCAUGGUGAAAGUUUUAGGUCAACUUCCAGGACAGGAACCAAGAUAGUAUGAGGGUCUUAGCACGGGAUCUGUAGAGUACUGAAAAGUCUAUGUGAGCCUUUGAGUAGUUUUUGUUACUAAAAGGAAAUAGUGUCUUACAGAAGCUACAACUGUUUGGAAGGGAUCAGAAGAAAAAGUGUCCAGGACUUCUACAUAAGAGGAUUCAUUUUUUUUUCCUUGCUGGUGUUUAAAGAGUAUUCUCCAGAUAAGCAAGAAAUACACGGGGGCUUCCUCAGAGGGUUGGGGCAUGUCUUCUCAGAAAGUGGAAGCCGGGAUAGGCUUAGCUGGUCUCCACCUUCCUCUGCGCACGUGCGUGUACACACACACACACAUACACGCAUGAACAGACACAUGACCCAUGUGCACACAUGCACAAUAGGCACCCGUGCACACAGCACACGCACACGCAUACGUUUUUAAUCAGUCCCACGCCCACCUUGUGAUUCUGCAGUUGUGCCUAUUAAAUUGGAAGUGGAGAAGAAAGCCCUGGAUCAAAGCCAGGGUACCUCAGACCAUGGGCAGAGAGCUGGCUUGUGUGUUCGCUUUGUCCUUUCUUCUUCCCGACACUGUCCCCUAAAGUAUCCUCCUGCCCCCUGCGUGGUCCAGGCACCUGGCGACUGGCCAGGCUGGGCUCCGGACAGGAAAGCGUCUUCUCCACAAUGCGCAGAAACAAGGUGACCUUCUCGUGCGGCCCCUCUGUGUUCAGAUGGGGCCUGUGUGCAGAGAUGGAUGCAAGGCCUCUGUGGCCCCUUCUUCCAUGGCCCCUUUCCCAAGUGGAGACACUUGCUGCAGUGAUCAACGAUUCCCCUCUGGAAAUGGCUCUGUUCUACUAAUUUAAACUGUUUUGUACUGACACAGCCCUGAGGUAGUUCCUGAAAAUGCCGUGCACUCAUUCCAUGAAACGAAUGUUGGGAAACUGAUUUUUUAGUAUAUAAAAUGGUUGAAUGUCA